GCCGCAUGGGAAGUCAUUUGUAGCAAGAACUGACGUUGGGAGAGUUGGGAGGCGAUCUUUCUAUACAGCGCAUAGCCUUGCACAGCUCUGAGUAUGUCUGAUUCAACAACAACCGGUGAGCAUGAAAAAACACCACAGCCGAAUCCCAGCAGCACAGAUGAAGCCCAAGUAGAGCCAACUGUUUUGGAAAGUGUAGCACUUGACACAGCUGAUAUUUAUCAGGAAGUUUCAUCCGAAGGAAGCCACAAUGAGCCAAGGCACAGUGCCAGCACGGAUUCUAGUCUGGGAAAAGAAACUGAGCUGAAAAGAUACUUCGCAAGCUCUCCGACAGCUUCUGAACAGAAUGCUUGCACUUUCUUUGAUUCCCUUUCUGUGAGUACUUCACCCAUGAUGAAGAGUGUUUCGGAGGUCAGCAUGUUCCAGAACAUUACCAACCCAGAAGAGAUGCUCCAAGAGCCCACAGCGUCCGAAUCAGUUGAACAGCCUCCUGAAGAAUCUGGGGUGUUUUUUUCACUUGGCGGUGCACCAGCGGAAGGCAUAGAAACAGCAACCGAGGCAAUAGCAACUGAUGAUGCUGUAGAAAUGCAAGAUGCAAAAAGAUGUUUAGUUCAGUUUCGUUCAUCAUCAUAUCAAGAAGGUCUGACAAACUCUCAAGAAAAAGAACAGCCUUUGCAGGCCACGACCGCUGCUGUUGAUGUAGCAGUGGAAGAAAAGCCAUCGUUGAGCAAAUUUUUCUCGACAGAGCACAGCGGUGGAGACCAAGAAGGAAAAGCAUUUUUCGACAUCCUUGCAGCAAAGCUUCCAAGUUCUGAUCAGCAGUCGUCAGGAAGCGCAAGUCCGACAUCCGCUUUGCAGGAACCAUGUUUGACAUCUGACAUACACACAGAACAAAAUUUCCUGAGCUCGUUAGAUGAUGCUGAAAGCUGUGCUUAUGACGUGUGGAUUCCCAGUGCUCAGACCAAAGAGUUUCUGAUGAAACUGUCGACGUCAGAACCAGGAACCAUGUUUCCAGAGAGAGACGACCUUACCAUGCCUGGCAUAAUUAUUGAGGAACAUCAGGGAGAUGCGGUGAAAGCACUACUGUACGAGCACUUUGAACCUGAAGCAAACUAUCGCGUGACCCUAUCCGCGGAUACCGUUCCUCAGAACGAAGACGGGCUGCGUCAGCUCAUCGGGGCGCAGUGUUACAAUGCAGCUGUGAACCUCACCAUGCGACUCCUCACUCAACUGGGGCAAGGGCCCGGUGCAGGUGGACGUCCUACACGGCAUAGCCCCCAGUCUUUGCAGCUGUGGUACACCAGGUUGGCACUGUUCGUAAAACUACGGAAAUUUCCGCUUGCCGAAGUGGAAGCAGAGGCAUUUGGAUCGCUAGACAAGCCAGACCUCUACUACGAAUUUUAUCCAGACACAUUCCCAGGGAAAAAAGGGUCCAUGGUGCCAUUCUCGUUCCGUCUGCUUUUGGCUGAGCUUCCACAGUUUCAGGGUAACCAUCAUACUGCUUUAAACAACCUCUACAGGCUGCUUGAAGUGGUGCACCGGAUCCUAGCCAACCUGACCAAUGGCACUGCCGAGGACGGUAGUCUCUUGGAUGUAGGUGAACAGGUGAGACAAGCCUCUAUAAAGCUGUGGGAAGAGCGUGAGUGCAAAGUCUACUUUGCAAUCCUCAACUGCGUCCUUAGCCAAAAGGAUUAUGUCGUGGCAAUCAAAGUGGCAAGGUUGCUCCUAGAGCACAACAGCGGAAGGCGUCCGCAGCUGUACUCCGCAAUAGGGCGUAUUUACCUUCAGUUUGGUGAUGUGGAAACAGCACAGGGACAGUUUCAUAAAGCGGAAGGGCUCUACCAAAACAUGGGUCUUGAAGGACGUCUUGAAAUCCUUCUCAAUAAGGGCAUGAUCGCAUUGGCGCUAAACAACUACAGCGAGGCCUAUCAGCAUUACGAAGAUGCAAGCAAAUUGCAGCCGAAAAAUCCACUGUUCGUCAACAACAUGGCCGUCUGUCUCCUCUACAUGGGAAGACUACAAGACGCUGUCACGCUCUUGGAAGACGCAGUCCACGGAAGCCCGGCUCUGUGCCUGCAUGAGGGCCUUCUUUUCAACGUGUGCACCCUGUACGAACUUCAGUCCUCCGAAGCGUUACAGAAAAAGCGCACGAUGCUAAAGACGGUCGCGCGCCAUGCUGGCGAUUCCUUCAACAUCGCGUCACUGAAAAUGCAGACGGCCGCGGGAACGCCUGCCAAGACGUGAGUUGAAAGACUCGUGCGUACAGGGGAACAGAUACUGGUGCAUCAGGAAUGGGAGGAACUUCCAAGAUUUCUGGACAGCAGUACCACUAGGCAAGGUAUGUUCCGUCACUCUAGUGGUACAGGCAGCGUGGACGGUGCUUCAAAAGGACACUAGCAAAUUAUACUAGGAUACUUAUUUUAUAUGCACGAGGACAACUGAAUGCAAACGGAGGGAGGACCGAACGCACAACUCUGUGUGUGUGUGUGUGGCAGACCUGUAAAAAUUAAAAUUUGGAAGAAAUGGAGUGGCAAUUACAUGCUCGUAAAGGUAAUUAAAUUACAUAUUACAUGCAAAGUACCGUAAUCGAGUUAUACCAAGUUACAUUCAUUUCAAUUUAAUUUUGAUGCAUAACUUUAUUCUUUUUCUGAGGAACUUUGUGAUGUCUCCACCGUUGAUUUCUUAUGGACUACACGGAAUAGACUUACAACAUGACAAGACUUUCGGCAUGCAAAAGCACAUCUCCUACUAUUAGAACGUGCCCCUAAUAGCCUUGUCUCUUUGUGAAUGAAUAAAAAUGAAUAGAAAUUGGACAUCGCGAAAAUGGUUCCAAGAUUUAAAAUGAAGGUAUAUCCAAAAUUGCAUGCAAAAUAAUUCCAAAAGUAGUAAUUACUGAGCAAUAAUUAGUUACUGAGAAUGUAAUUUGUUACUUUACAGAUCUGGUGUGCGGUUGUCUGUCUGUUCCUUUCUGUGUUUGCAUUGGAGUGUCACAGACUAUAGUAGCCAACAAGUCAAACACCUUGCAUUCAUACUUCAGAAUUUCAAUACUAUUUACUUUUAUAUGGCAGUGCUUUUGGUGGAUAAUGUUGCCGAAGCAUCUGCAGCCCAGACUAGCCAUCGUAAAUGCGUAUGUAUCAUGCAAGCAGUAAGAUGUCCACAUCUGUCGCACAUUUCUAACGGGUGUGGCAAUGCAGUCUACAUACAAUUUACUGACAUAAUUCGCAUUCUGUCCACAAAGCGAAACUGUCAUGCACAAAGCAAAGCUAGGACUGCUAUUGAAAUUAAAACAGUUUGUCGCAAA